UUUUAUUACAUAUUUAAAAAAUGAUAUAUACAAAUAUCCUUGCUCUAAAUUUGCCAUAAACAGUUAAACUACAUCCUACACCAUAAUUGACUACGUUGCCCCUUAAAUUACCUCGAAUUCAUACUUCAACAUUAUCAACCAUAUUAUAUAUGGAACUCUUUUUACUCUCCCGCUCAUUAUAAGGUGCAGAAUAGAAUACAACGAAAAAUAAUGAGAAUGUUAAUGCACUUGCUUUUUGUGAUGCUUGGGGUUGUAACUAGUGGGCUUCUGGUUCAAACCCAGUUACAAUCAGGAUUCAUUAGCAUAGAUUGUGGGCUACCCGAAGGAAAGGACUAUACUGAGAAGAGCACAGGAAUUAAUUACAUUUCAGAUACUAAUUUCAUUGAUUCAGGUGUGAGCAAAAUGGUAUCGAAUGAAGAUAAGAUUACUCACCAACAACAGUUUAGUUACCUGAGGAGCUUUCCCAACGGUAUGAGAAACUGUUACAAAAUUAGUGUGAUAAGUGGCACUAAAUAUUUAAUCAGAGCAAGUUUUCUGUAUGGAAACUAUGACGGUCUAAAUGAGCUUCCACAAUUUGAUAUUCAUCUCGGGUCUAAUUUGUGGGACACAGUGAAACUAACCAAUGCAUCACAGAGCAGUUACAGAGAACUGAUGCACACUCCCACACUGAAUUAUGUACACAUCUGUCUAGUUAACACUGGCAACGGGAUUCCUUUUAUUUCUGCCAUAGAGUUCAGGAAUAUGGACUUUAACAAUGUUUAUAAAACUUCCGGAGCUACAACAUUGGCUCGUUUGGUUGGUUUAGAUUUUGGUUCAUUCACCAACCUAACAUACAGGUACAUGGAUGAUUUUCAUGAUCGUUUAUGGGAGCCUUAUUCCAACGACCAGUGGACACAACUACACAACCCUAUUAGCAAUGAUCUACCUUCCAACGAAUAUGAACUGCCAAAUUCAGUAAUCUGGACUGCUGCUACACCAAGAAAUGCUAAUGGUGUCUCCUUAGAUUUCUACUUUGAUACACUUAAUGUAACUACACAGCAACAGUGCUAUUUCUAUCUGCACUUUGCUGAGGUUCAAAAUCUGGCACCAAAUGAAACUAGAGAAUUCAACAUCACCCUUAAUGGAGAGUACUUUUAUAAUCUACUUCGACCCGGUCACUUUGUAAAUACCAUAUUUGAUCCAUCUCCAAAUAAUGUAUUCUAUAAGAAUAAUAACAUUUCUCUUGUUAAGACAGAAGCUUCUACCCUUCCACCCAUCAUCAAUGCUCUUGAGAUUUAUCAAGUUAAGGAUUUCUCACAAUUAGAAACUCAACAAGAUGAUGUUGAUGCUAUCACAAAUAUCAAGAAAGUUUACAGGGUGACCCAAAAUUGGCAAGGUGAUCCAUGCGCUCCUGUAGCAUACAUGUGGGAGGGUCUAAAUUGUAAUUUUAAUGGCACCCCAAGAAUCACAUCCUUGAAUUUAUCUUCAAGAGGACUCACUGGAUACAUAGCAGUUUAUAUCUCCAAGCUUAAUAAGUUAGAGUCCUUGGAUUUAUCAAAUAAUAGCUUAAUUGGGGAGAUACCUGUUUUUCUGGUAGAAAACCUGCCAUGGCUUAGAGUCCUAAACUUGCAGAAUAACAACCUCACAGGUCUAAUUCCAAAUGCACUUCUACAAAAGUCAAGUGAAGGUAUACUAUCACUUAGGUUGGGGCAAAAUCCAAAUCUAUGUGAAUCUGGUCCUUGUGACCAACAGACAAAAGAUAAAAGCAAGGAAAACAAUCCAGUUAUUUAUAUACUAGCAUCUGUUUCUGCAUUUUUGAUGCUCCUACUGGUAGUUCUUGCAGCAGUUAACAUCAUUCACAUUAAAAAGAGAGAGCUAAAAGAUGAUGUCUACAUUCAUAUGGAAUCUGGUGAUCCUUUGGAAUCCAAGCGCCGACAAUAUUCAUUCGAUGAAGUUGUUAACAUGACCAAUAACUUCGAAAAAGUCCUCGGUAAAGGUGGAUUUGGAACAGUUUACUAUGGCAUUAUUGAUAAUAUUCCAGUAGCUGUCAAGAUGCUUUUGCAAUCAUCAGUACAAGGAUAUCAGGAAUUUCUUGCAGAGGUUAAAUUUUUUAUGAGGGUUCACCACAGAAACCUGACUUCUCUGAUUGGAUACUGCAAUGAAGACGACAAGAUAGGGAUCAUCUAUGAAUAUAUGGCAAAUGGGAACCUCAAUGAACAUCUUUCAGGAAAAGCUACCCGGAAAAAAUUCUUAACUUGGGAGGACAGACUCCAAAUAGCAGUGGAUGUAGCCCAAGGAUUGGAAUAUCUGCAUAGUGGUUGCAAGCCACCUAUAAUCCACAGAGAUAUAAAAUGUACAAACAUUUUGUUAAAUGAAAACUUUCAAGCAAAAUUGGCGGAUUUAGGCCUCUCCAAAAGCUUCAUUUUCAGUGGAGACACACAUGUGUCCACUAUGGUUGCUGGAACUCCUGGCUACCUUGAUCCAGAGUACCAAACAUCAAAUAAAUUAACUGAAAAAAGUGAUGUGUAUAGUUUUGGAGUAGUUCUUUUGAAGAUAAUCACAGGUGAAGCAGCAGCAUCAUCAAAAGCACAUAACAAUGCUCACAUAAGUCAGUGGGUGGGUUCUGUGGUUGCUAGAGGGGACAUAGAACGUAUUGUAGACCCAAGCUUAGAAGGAGAUUUCGACAUUUAUUCUGCAUGGAAAGCAGUUGAAGUAGCAAUGGCAUGUGUCUCCAUUAGUUCUAAAGAAAGGCCGUACAUGAGAGAUGUUUUGGUGGAGCUAAAGGAGUGUUUGGCGGUGGAAUCAGCUCGGAAAAAUGUUGGCGCCAAAGAUUCAAAUGAGUUGGUUACCAUGAAUCCAGUUACUGAAAUUAGUCCCAUAGCUAGAUAGUUAAUAAAUAAUUCCUUCCUAAUCCUAGUGCUUAAAAUGAAAUACUCUAAGUUGUAUUGUGUUUCAUUUUCUUUUGUUUCCUUGUUUCUUUACUUUAACUAGAAUGAGACCCGC